AGCCCGAGGGGGCCGGCCGGCCGCUCCAAACACCCAACCAACAAUUCCGUGACAUUCCUUUUACCAGAGUCGGGCGUGUAAGACGAGCUGGCGGGCUGGCGGGCUGGCGGGCUGGCGAGGCGGCGGGUUGGGGGCGCCAGCCCAUCCGAAGUUGUUCAUCUACUGUGCUCUGUUUCCGAAGUUUCCAAUUCCUCGGACAAGACACGACUCGACGAGGGCUCAAGCAGGCAACCCAUCGAUUUGUUUCCCUCACCACACCACCCAGCCUCCAAGGUUGGCAGCCGUUAUACGCGACGGGCAGGAUAAUAAUUGGCACUGCGUCUCCACCAGCGCCUCCUUACGGCUGGCCGUUUCGAGACGAACUGCAACCUCACAGAUCACUCAGCCAGGCCCGCGCUCGCCCCUUAUUACUACUAGUAGUACCCAGCAACUACAUAGCACCGCGCUUCCACUUGCCACCUGCCACGCCGCGCCACAGCUUUCUCUGGCUUGUUCUGUUUCCUCUGGGCCCAUUGCUUUUCCUUUCCUUCCUCUUCCUCCCCUCCAACCAAACCCAAGGAAAAGGGAGCACGCCGACCUCACCAAUCUGCUGCCGCCAACGUAACAAACAUACCUACAGCACUUAUUACUGCGUACGCAACCCAGCCUGGAUCUUGACAGUGACCCUUGACCUAUUUGCAUUAUUACAACGACAUACCUAGCUUCCGGGCCCUUUAACCUCUCCUCCAUCUUCUGCUGCAACACAAAGACGUUGAUUGUUCGACCUUUUUCCAAUCCAUCCCCAUCUUGCCCUGACCCAGCCUGCCAGCCUGCCAGCCUGCCAACCUUACCCAGCCUGCCUGCCAGCACCCUGCGACCGACCGCCUUUCACAGUCCACUCGGUCCGGUCCAGCCCAGCCCAGCCCAGUUCAGUUCUGCCAGUCCAACCCAAACCAACCCAAACCAAUCCUGCUUCAACUCCACCCUGCCGACCGACACAUCCCAACCAAAGGUCAUCGUCGCAUCCCACCACCUCCUGGAAGCUCGACGCCAGACACCACCUCAACUUCUGCAAAUCGUCGCACUCCCCAGUGCAUAUCUUAAACACACAACAUGGCUGCACCUGGGGUUCAGUCUCUGAAGUGCGUCGUGACCGGUGACGGUGCUGUCGGCAAGACAUGCCUGCUCAUCUCCUACACCACGAAUGCCUUCCCGGGCGAAUACAUCCCCACAGUUUUCGACAACUACUCCGCAAGUGUGAUGGUUGAUGGAAAGCCAAUCAGCUUGGGACUGUGGGAUACUGCUGGACAGGAAGAUUAUGAUAGACUGCGACCUCUCUCCUACCCCCAGACAGACGUCUUCCUCAUCUGCUUCUCCAUCGUCAGCCCGCCAUCUUUUGACAACGUCAGGGCCAAGUGGUUCCCAGAGAUCAACCACCACGCGCCCAACAUCCCAAUCAUACUUGUUGGCACUAAGCUCGAUCUGCGAGAAGACCCCCAGACUCUGGAGAGUCUCCGACAGAAGAGGAUGGAGCCCGUAUCGUACGAUGAGGCGCUCAAGUGCGCCAAAGAUAUCAAGGCUCACAAGUACCUCGAGUGCUCUGCUCUGACCCAGCGGAACCUGAAAAGCGUCUUCGACGAGGCCAUCCGUGCCGUCCUCAACCCCAGGCCCCAACCCACCAAGCCCAAGAAGUCGAAAUGCACCAUCCUGUAAGCGUCGAUUUCGAACCGAAGCCUGUCGCUCUGUCGACCGAACUGUUUAAUUAUGCCCCUUCUGUGCUACGGAUGGAAAAGCCUUUAGAAAGGACGGAUGAGUCGAACAUGACGAGUGUCGGCCAAAUAGAAGGGCGAAAUGGAUGGUCUGGGCGAAACGCUUUUGUCGCAUGUUCCUAAAAGGCUGCCACGCCGCGAGCUGGACUUGAGAGAAAUGGAGGACGGUCGGGAACCAGGUUAUACUACUACAAUCCACGGCGUACGGUACGCCGGAGAGGCAUGCGCGCGGCCCCCCAGGAUUCACCCUUUUCUGCCCAUCACGCUGGCUCUUGCAGAAAUCGCACUCUCCCAGCUCUGCCGGGCCCAACUCGUCUGGAGCUCGAGGUACCAAGGCUUGAAACCUCGUCUCGCCGUCGCUAUUUGCUUUCUUGCGAUCUGUUCAGCAGAAUGGGCAUUUCACGCCAGUCACCAAAGGAUAUCCACGAUUUGAUGUUUGCUUUUUCUGUAGAUAGCCGAGGAAUACGGAAAUGGAGGAAGGGCUGCGAUAUUGUCUCUUAUUCUCCCAGGGAAAUGGUCAUUAGGGACAGGAACCUACUACAUGUCAACCCAACUGUCGCCACCUUUGGCCCCAAAAUCACUGCAAGAGACAGAAGGGAAAUGUGAUGUUUCGGAGGCGUUUUUCGUAGAAGGGCAAGUACCGCCUAAAAUCUUGUUUACGCGUGUCUUGUUCUCUAUUACAUGCCGUCUAUCGAAUCGAAGUCAGGAUAGUAGGGGUAUCAUUGACAGACGGACAGUCAGAAUUCAUCAGGUCCAACAACCUUGUCAGGGAACUCUGCCACUGGCCACCCAAGUGGCCACCAUCGCCACCGCGUCCCUAGCCCUUUCGGAGCUGUGCGACUGGGUAACUUUAAUCGGGGUCCUGAUGCCCUGGGCGCCGAAGUUUCCCCCGCGCAGUUGACAUGAGCCAGGGAUUUGGAGUGCGGGUGGACUGGGCCACCCGCUGUCGUCCGACAGCUCUUGGUCUUUCAAUCGUUCGGGCCUCGAACUCGAGAAGCGGCCGUUCGAAGUUUCUCUCGCCAGAUGAGCUCCAGUGAUCGCACCCAAACCUGUUGGCUUCUCGAGGCUGAGGUAUGUUUCUUCCUGGGUUCUCCCUUUCGCCACCUUGCCGCCUCGCAUGCAUGCAAUAUUGAAGGACACAUCAGCCGCAACCGACUGCGGCGGAUGUGAAGGGCGGGAGAAUGGAGCCCAGAGGAGGAGAGGAUGAUGCCGCGGGUAUUUGCGUAGAUGGACCUCGAAUAAGAAGAGGUCCCCCAGUCCCGUCCGAUUCCGGGCCGCAGGGUGGGAAAUGUGUGACGGUCAGCCUGGUCACCCCCACGAACCGCCAGCAUAGAAAAUCCCCUUUUACCAACGGCGCGGGCCACCACGUGCCCCACGGCCUCCUCGCCCG